AUGUCUCUAUGGGACAUUCGGACCUUGGUGGUGUCAAUAUGCGGUAGGGGACGUCGGGUUCAAGUAGCAAAGAGCCUUGUAACCACCUGUGGCGAAGCAACCCUAUCGCUGGCAAACCCAGACAGUAUUUCAGUGCGCAGGGCCAACCACUUAUCGGUCGUAUCACAUUAUUUCUUUAGGGUGAGGCAGCACGUGACCGAACCAGAUCACUUCAGUCGAACAGGCACUGACCUCAACCUCCAGCCUGGCAACAUUAAUGGCCUUGCCACUACACUUUCAGAGUUCGAGAAGAACACGCAGGGGAUUCGUCGACCUAAAUCUGUCUUUGAAAUAAUGGAUGGCAGACCUGAUUUGGCGAAAUUGAAUGGUUCAUUCAGAUAUUUAAAUGAUAAUUGUAGGCGCAACGUUAACAAGCCAAUCACGCAGAACUGA